AUGAGGAGGAAAUUGGAGAAGGACGACGGCGUCGAGGACGGCGUCGUAGUCGACGCAAACAAUGUCCAGGAGCCUUCCGAUCUGCGAGGUGACGAGAAGAACAUCGCGAUACUGUUCUUCUUAUACCUGCUGCAAGGGAUCCCCUUGGGUCUGUGCGGCUCGAUUCCUAUGCUGUUGCAGAAUAGAGGAGUUUCUUAUCGGCAGCAGGCUGAAUUUAGUUUUGUGCAAUGGCCAUUCUCAUUGAAGCUCUUUUGGGCGCCUAUAGUAGACUCCAUUUUCUCCCAAAGAUUUGGAAGGAGAAAAACUUGGUUGAUCCCAACCCAAUAUCUGAUGGGUAUGUUUAUGCUCCUUCUGUCGAAUUAUGUGGAUCAUUGGUUGGGUAAGGAGCACGAGAAGCCGAACAUCGAAAUGCUGACCGCAUUAUUUUUCGCUUUGAACGUGCUCGCCGCGACUCAGGAUAUCGUGGUGGACGGUUGGGCACUCACGAUGCUUAAAAGGUGCAACGUCGGCUACGCAUCCACUUGUAACAGCGUCGGCCAGACAGCAGGUUAUUUCAUCGGCUACGUCUUAUUUAUUUCCUUGGAAUCCGCCGAGUUUUGUAAUAAUUACUUGAGAUCGACCCCCUCGGACGAAGGCAUCCUUACAUUGCCCGGAUUUCUAUAUUUCUGGGGCUGGACGUUCGUCGUCACGACGACUUUCAUAGCGUUAUUCAAGCAUGAAAGCAAAGGUAAGGUCUCCAGGGGAGAGAACCUGAAUAUGGACAUCAGGCACGCAUACAAGCUACUGUGGGAUAUCGUAAAAUUGCCGGCUAUAAAGACUACGAUUAUAUUCCUGUUGACGGCAAAGAUCGGGUUUUCGGCGUGCGACGCAGUGACCGGUCUAAAACUCAUAGAAGCUGGCAUACCGAAGGAGAAAUUCGCAUUUAUGGCGGUACCCAUGAUACCACUGCAAAUCAUCUUGCCGUUAGUGAUCUCCAAGUACACCGCUGGGCCGAGGCCUAUGGAUGUUUACAUGAAAGCCAUGCCUUAUAGGCUGGCGUUUGGCGUGAUAGCCGCGCUCCUGGUGUGGGUUACGCCGCUCGUUGUGGCCAACGGAUACGUUCCUGCGUAUUACUUUGUUGUGCUGAUAGGUAUCUACUUCAUACAUCAGAUAUCCGCGAGUAGCAUGUUCGUGGCAUCGAUGGCUUUCUUUGCGAAAGUGAGCGACCCGGCAGUCGGUGGCACCUACAUGACGUUGCUUAAUACUUUAUGCAAUCUCGGCGGAAAUUGGCCUGCGACAGCUGCGCUUUGGUUCGUCGAUCCCUUGACAUUUAGGCAAUGCAGCACCGACUAUACAAACGACUGUAGCACAAUGACAGAGAAAGAGCUCUGUGCGAAUACCGACAAUGGCACUUGCGUGAUGCAGCUCGAUGGUUAUUACAUAGAAAGUAUUCUCUGCUUAAUUAUCGGUUUCUCCUGGCUCAGGUGGGGCCGCAGAAAAAUUAAUUCGUUACAGGCUGAGCCGAUGUCCGCGUGGAAAAUUGUACUUACCCGUAACAACAGGUAACAUAUCAACCGUUGUUACGAAUCCGCUAAUAUCCGGUACCUGUAACGAUUUUUCUUCGACGAGUUGAUGAUGCGUAUGUAUCUGCCGUAUGUGGGAUGCAUCGUUUCCUGCACGUUUAACCAAGUGUUCCAGUUUUACGAGUCGGGCACAGGGCGGAGCUGAGUCAAUGAACGAUUCAUUCGCCUUGGAAAGUACAAUAUGUUAUUACGGAAUAUGUACAGUACAGAGAGAGCCCACGAGCGAUCGUGAUAUAACGUUAAAAAUAAUAAAAGAGAAAUGAAUAUAAAAAAAAGUACGGAUCUCUGAUCUGAUGGUUCGCAUCUUGUUUCGUUCAAUUUGGACAUAAAAUUUUAGUGAUAAUGAAAUACAUUCAGUGUACAGUGUGCAUAUACAUAUAUACAUAUAUAUAUACAUACAUAUAUAUAUAUAUUUAUUUAUUUAUUUGCCAACAAAUUGAGUAAUGAAAAUUUUUUCCCAAAAAUAUUUGAUUACGAAAGAUUUGGAGUAUAUUAUUUUUUUACAGAGCGUUAUUAAGUAUCAUUUAGAUGAAGCUUGAAUUUACGAUCCGUCAUCAUUACACGAAGGUUAGUGUGUUAUUGUUAUUAUAUAAUAAUUUAAAUAAAUUAUGAUUUCGCACACAUGAUAUUAUACUUUGCGAAUAUUUCAUAGACAUUUUUUAAAGAAUCGAUAAACACAUGAUAUGUGCGAUACGUGUUUACAGUUUGUAUUGUAUAUGUAUCUGAAAAUACGAAUUUUGUGCAUAAACGAAGACAAACGAUUAACAUAGAAUACUAAUAAAAUUUUUUUAUACAAAAGG